UGCCCGUCCCACUCCGACACUGCGUGCAGAGACGGAUUAUGCAGGUUUUUCCUUAAAGGUGGAUUCAUUCAAUGUAACUCCACUAUUUUACCUACCAUGGAUCCUUCUUUGUCCCUUGUAAGUUAGCACGACUUAAGAGUAUCUCAGCAACAUACGAUAUGAAUGAUCGGUGAUUCUGUUUCCCCGCUUUUCAGUUCAAUCAAUCACACAUUCUAAACAAACCUAACCAGUAUUAAUUUAUACGACUAAACAUUCUCAACUUUCAUCAUCCAAAAGUUCCCCUCACUAGUUCAUUCCAAACGUUAAUUACGUCACCCUAUUCGUCAAACCUUGCCCAUAAAAAUCCCGUGUUCCCUGAUUCUUCUCUCAUAGCUCCCAUUUAAUUUCUUUUCAAGAAUCCCCAAAGGAACUUUUCCCUGUUAUCGAUGGGAAAGAUUGGAUUAUUCAAUCUUGAAGACGAGUUUGCUUUCUAUGGAGCAUACCAUAACAACCCAGUUAACAUAGCAAUCCACGAGUUCUUUGUUUGGCCAAUAUUCUUCACAGCACUUGUCAUUCUCUACUUCAUCCCCCCCUUCUUCAAUCUCCCAAACCUUGAGUUUUCUCUAUGGCAGAGCGAUGUGGUUUUGGUUUGGAAUGUAGGCUUCAUUGUUGCUCUGAUCUACGCUGCUUAUUAUGUAAUCUUGGAUCCUAAAGCUGGUUCCUUGGGUGCUUUGCUUUGUGCUCUGUGUUGGGUUGUUAGCAGUUUUGUUGCAAGACCACUUGGCUUCUCUCUGGCUUGGAAGGUUGUCCUGGUGGCUCAGGUUGUAUGUUGGACGGCGCAGUUCAUUGGCCAUGGAGUAUUUGAGAAACGGGCACCUGCUCUUUUUGAUAACCUCGCUCAGGCCCUUGUAAUGGCUCCUUUCUUUGUGUUGCUGGAGGCUCUCCAAACUUUAUUUGGUUAUGAACCGUACCCUGGAUUUCAAGCAAGUGUGCAAGCAAAAAUAGAAGCUAACAUCAAAGAAUGGAAAGAAAAACAUCAUAAACUAAUAAUGUCUUAGCUUUAUGCUUGGGUUUGUGUAUCUAUUGUUACUAGCUAGUCUCUAUUUUCCAAUGAUGAGGUGAUGAAUAAAGUUCUAUAAAAUGAUAAUACGUGUGAAUUAUAGUCGCAUAUAUGUAUGUUAUAAUAGUUUAUCUUUAUACAGAAGACAAAAUCUAUGACUUUAUGAUACAAUACAAUAUACCGUGUUCCAUGAUUUCAUUUACAAAUA